UGGAAAGUGUGACUGUGGGAAGUGCAAAUGUGAUGAAGGCUGGUAUGGUGAAGCUUGUCAGUAUCCAACUACUUGCAAUCUUACACGGAAGAAAAGCAAUGAAAUGUGUAAGAAUUCUCAAGAUAUCAUCUGCUCUGGUGCAGGUACAUGUCAGUGUGGCAGGUGUAAAUGUGUAAACUCAGGAGGAAGUGGACUGGUCUAUGGUAAAUUUUGUGAAUGUGACGACAGGGAAUGCAUAGAUGAUGAAACCGAAGAGAUUUGUACAGGCCAUGGACAGUGUUACUGUGGAAACUGUUACUGUGAGGCUGGUUGGCAUGGAGACAAAUGUGAAUUCCAGUGUGACAUCACCCCUUGGGAGAUCAAGAAAAGAUGCACAUCUCCAGAUGGCAAAAUCUGCAGUAAUAGAGGCACAUGUGUAUGUGGGGAAUGUACGUGCCAUGAUGUGGACCCAACUGGAGACUGGGGAGAUAUUCAUGGAGAUACUUGUGAGUGUGAUGAAAGAAACUGCAAAGCAGUAUAUGAUAGAUAUUCUGAUGACUUCUGUUCAGGUAAGAAAAAUGCAACAAGGAAUUUAUGUGUAUCUCUACGAUAAAGGUCCAUAAAUGGCCUGAUCCUGUU